AUGUCCGACCUGAUUCACACCCCACACUCUGCCUCAUACUCCUCCGUUUUCCAAUUCUCCAUCAGGAAUCCAAGGUUUAACAACACCUCAGCUUCCAGGAGACCUAUAGCCAUCAUCACUCCCAUCACCGUUUCCCAAGUACAAUCCGCCGUCCUCUGCUCCCGCCGUCACGGCCUUCAGGUCAGAGUUCGGAGCGGCGGUCACGAUUUCGAAGGCAUGUCCUACAUUUCCUCUGCUCCCUCUCAGCCAUUUCUCCUGAUCGACCUAAUCAAUCUCCGAAACGUGACCGUGGACGUCCCAACCAAGUCUGCCUGGGUCCAAGCGGGUGCUGUUCUCGGUGAACUCUACCAUAGUAUUGCCUCCGCCAGCGGGACUCUAGCCUUCCCGGCAGGUAUUUGUCCUUCCGUCGGUGUUGGUGGACACAUCAGCGGCGGAGGGUACGGAAUGCUGUUGAGGAAGUACGGGAUGGCCGCGGACAAUGUCCUCGACGCUCGAUUGGUGGACGCGGAAGGCAGAAUCCUGGACAGAGCCGGCAUGGGCGAGGACGUUUUCUGGGCGAUUCGCGGCGGCGGGGGAAACACCUACGGAGUCGUCGUCUCCUGGAAAGUCAAAUUAGUCCCUGUCCCCCGCCGAGUGACGGGGUUCAAGGUCUCGAAAACCUCGGAAGGAAGCCUGACGAAAGUCAUCCAACGGUAUCAGCAUGUGGUGGAUAAGCUGCCCGACGAUCUCAUGAUCAUGCUGACUCUGAGCAGAAUCGACUCUGCCGCUGCACAAGGACAAACCAUAAUACAGGCGGAGUUCCUCGGUCUAUAUCUGGGGGAAACAGAGUCUCUGUUGACGGUAAUGAAACAGAGCUUUCCGGAGCUGGAGCUGACGGAAGAGGGAUGCACGGAGAUGAGCUGGAUCGAGUCGGCUCUCUACUGUGCCGGGUACCCGAAGAAUACCUCAUAUGACGAAUUGCUGAACAGCAGGAACAGCUCCUCUCUCCAAUUCGCGAAACUGAAGGCGAAAUCUGACUACGUCCAGAGGCCGCUCCCUGUGAGGGCAUUGCAGGGGAUUUGGAGGAGUUUUGACCAAGUGGAAGCGGGGCCGCCUCUGGUGCAGAUGGUUCCCCACGGCGGGAGAAUGAGCCGGAUCUCAAAUUCAAGCAUCCCUUAUCCGCACAGAUCCGGCAAUAUUUACAAAAUCCAGUAUUUCGCAAGCUGGUUCGGAGAAGACAAGAAAGUAGAGAAGCGACAUUUGCACUGGAUAAAUGGGCUGUAUAGAUUUAUGACGCCGUACGUUUCCAACAACCCAAGAGGCGCGUACCCCAACUCCAGGGAUCUGGACUUGGGAGUGAAUGAUCCAGUCGGGCGUACGAGCUAUAAGCAGGCCAGAGUUUGGGGGGAGCAGUACUUCAAGCAUAAUUUUGAGAGGUUGGCUCGUGUGAAAGCCGCCAUUGAUCCCUCUAAUUUCUUCAGGAAUGAACAGAGUGUGCCUCCUUUUGUCAGGAUGACGACGGGACGAGUAUAA